UGUGUGUGUCUGUGUGUGUCUGUGUGUGUCUGUGUGUGUCUGUGUGUGUCUGUGUCCUUGUGUAAUAGCUGCAGGUUUCUGAUGACCGACAGGCUCUAAACAGCUGUUCACACAUCAUGGCACCCAAAGACCCCCUGCUCGGCCCCCUGAAAGAACCCGUCCUCAGUCUGGUACACAGAGACUACUGGCACUGCUUCGAACAAAUCUCCCACCUGGACACCUGCGGCAGGCUGUCCACUCUGUCCCUGGCUGUGGAGCAGACCAGGGUCUGCAGGAAGCUGCUGUCAGCUCAGGGCCGGGGCCGCUACUUCCUCAGACUGGCCCUGAGCCGCAAGUUGCUGUCCCAGUGCUGCAGCCACCUGCUGCACACGCCCAGAGUCCUGGAGUGGUACAGCCCAGCUUCAUCCAUCCUCCAGAAUGAGCAGUUUGUGGAACCUUUCAUGUCCCUGGUUCUGGUCCUCUCACACAUGGACUUCAAGCUGGAUGUGGAGAACUGCAGUUUUUUGGAUGAGAGCUGGCUGCUGCCGGUGGCAGACAUGUAUGAAGUGGUGCCCUGUCAGGAACUGGGUUUGGUUUUGAGGUAUCUCAGUGGGCGUGUCUUUGUUGUGGAGUUGACGCCUGGCAGUCAGGCCCACGUYGACCAGUUUAUCACUCCUGGUGACAUCAUCGAUGACAUCAAUGGGACUUCACUGAGAAAUUCAAAAAAUGGACAAUUUGGAGGCAAGGAGGUCCUGCAGCAUGCAAUUCCACAGGUGUUGCAUCAAAACCUGCCAAGCAAGGAGGUGCUGUUAGAUAUGAAAGAAACUCAUGUGACGUGCACAGACAGGAACUCUUCACUGAAACUCUUUGAGCACCACUACCCAGAGAUCUCCUGUGUGGGCAGGUGGGCUCAGCCAGACUACACAGUGUUCGCCUUCUGUGUGGCAGACUCCCCUGAAACCCCCCAGUCAACUGGAUUUCACUGCGUUGUGUUCAGAGCCAGCUGCAUGAAAGAAUGCGAAGAAAUGGUGUGUCGGAUCGGUAAGGAACAACACAAUCACACAAUCACGUCUCGUACAUCUGUUGUGCUGAGUCAGUGUUUUUGUUUUACAGCCACUGGUUUCAAGCAYACUGAAUGGUUUGUGUAAUCAGCUGUAUUUAAAUAUCAUUUAUUGUAAAUAAAGAUGUUAUAAAACAUGACGUCUGUGUGAAUAAAAGCUGCUGAACACAAUUCUAUCCAUAAAGACCUUUAAUAGAAAGACAUGUGACAACAUUUCAUAAAUAUUAAAUGUAGCUGCCAAAGUUUGUUGGAGAAAACAUGUAAAAAUGAGCCCAGAAAAGARGGGGAGGGUUUGUGACAUCAUCACUGAGAGCCAAUGAACAGGACUGSUGAAGUCCUGGUGAAGUCCUGGUGCUGCAGUGAGGAGCACCAGGAUGGGGGUGUUGUGGUUUUAUGGUGUACUACAGUAAAGAAACRCUGUCUCUGGGGAAAAAUAAAAAUAAAAGCUGGUAAAGACUGCGUGACAUGUGACGGGGUACAUUUAUGAUGACCCAAAACGUGGCAGGUAGAAACUUCCCUUAGUGUAAUCACGUUUGUGGAAUGGUUCCUUUAUUGUAUUAUUCUAAAAAAUACAAAAGUCAAAA